AUGAAAGACGUUCUUCGUCCGUCGGAUCCUUCUACGUUAAAAUCUCAGACUCCAUCAAUUCGUACAUUUGAAUUAAAAGAAGAAUGUGGCAUAAAUAAUUUACCAAAUCAAAUAAUGGCUAAAGCUAUAUCAGAUGGUUUUGUUUUUAAUAUACUUUGUGUUGGUGAAACAGCAUGUGGAAAAUCUUCAUUACUUGAUAGUUUAUUUAAUACACGAUUAGAUUCAACACCAUCAACACAUGAUAUACCACGUGUAUUUUUACGUAAAAAUACUUAUGAUUUAUUUGAACGUGAAAUUCGUUUAAAAUUAACUGUUGUUGAAACAGCUGGUUUUGGUGAUCAAAUAAAUAAAGAUGAUUCAUUUAAAGUUAUUGGAGAUUUUAUUGAUACACAAUUUCAAUCAUAUUUAGAUGAAGAACUUAAAAUAAAAAGAAAUUUAUCAAAUUAUCAUGAUACACGUAUUCAUGUUUGUUUAUAUUUUAUUAAUCCAACAGGUCAUUCAUUAAAAGCACUUGAUUUAGUUACAAUGAAACAUUUAGAUAGUAAAGUUAAUAUAAUACCAAUUAUAGCAAAAUCUGAUACAAUAUCAAAAAGUGAAUUACAACGUUUUAAACAAAAUAUUCUUAAUGAACUUAAUACAGCUGGUGUUAAAAUUUAUCGUUUUCCAACUGAUGAUGAAACAUUAGCUGAAGAUAAUCUUAAAGCAAAUAAUCUUCUUCCAUUGGCUGUUGUUGGAAGUAAUGAAACAGUUAAAGUUGGAAAUCAAUAUGUACGAGCUAGACAAUAUCCAUGGGGUGUUGUUCAAGGUUAG